AGGAAAGGAAAAUUUGUUUAGGGUUAUAUAAAGGCUCUUAAUCCUCACAAACUAAGAAAAUUGGUAAGAAACUCAAAGAAAGAGUACUAACCUUAUUGCUGCAACAACCUCGAAGCUAGUUCAAACUAGUGGGAGGUUGUGUGCAUAGAAGCACACCAAAAACCAAAAUACUUGUUACUUAAUUCAAUUCAAAUUCAUCAAAAAAACUCGAAAAAAAAAAUCGACAUGGCUCGCGGGAAGGUUCAGCUAAGGAGAAUUGAGAACCCGGUGCACAGGCAAGUGACUUUCUGUAAGCGCCGAGCAGGGCUUCUGAAGAAGGCUAAGGAGCUCUCUGUGCUUUGCGAUGCUGAAAUUGGUCUUGUCAUUUUCUCCGCUCAUGGAAAGCUCUAUGAACUCGCCACCAAAGGAACCAUGCAAGGGCUAAUAGAGAAGUACUUGAAGUUCACACGAGGGACUCAACUUGAAGCUGUAACUGAAGCACGUCCUCUUGUUUUGGAUGCUAAAGAGGAAACCAAUGUGCUCAAGCAAGAGAUCGAUACGUUGCAAAAGGGUAUCACGUAUUUGUUUGGAGGAGGAUUAGGAACUAUGGCAAUGGAUGAGUUGCAAGUUCUUGAAAAGAACCUCGAAAUCUGGAUGUAUCAUGUUCGCUCAAUGAAGAUGAAUAUUAUGUCACAAGAAAUCCAAACUUUGAGGGAUAAGGUGUUGGAGAAUACUUCCGUCACUAACUUUGUCCCAUUUGCUACUGAUACUUCGUUCCCAUUAAUUAUACAAGAUGGGAUUUUUCAGCUCUAGAAAAUGAGUUGGAACUUUAUUAUUACUAUUGUAUAAUAUUUCAAUAAGGGAAGGAAUGACGAUUGUGAAUGUGUUGCAUACCAUUAAAUCCUCUAGCAUGGAGUAUGUACAAUGACUUUUGACUACUUACAAAAUGGUUCCCAAGCUUUGUUGUAAGUAUUAAGAUAUUGGUGUAAAUUUCAAUACUUUCCUGAACAAGUUUACAAUAUAAUAAGGUAUGAAAUGUGUGGAUUAUUGCUAGUUUGAA